AUGGAAUAACUUCAAAAAGAACUUUCAAAUUUAUAAAUAACUGAUUAAAUCCACAAUAACUAAAAUUCUUAAAAAACCGGUAUUCUCUAUGAUCUAGACUAAUUAAAGCAUAAUUCUUCCCGCCAACAUGUCGAAUGUCCCGGACGUCUUUAAUCUAUAUAUGAUCACUUGAAUAAAAAGUAACUUCUUUAAAAGCCUAAUAUUGAAUUAGUAAAUAAGCUCCAUCCAGGUCUUCGUGAGAUAAUAUAAUACGUCCAUAAUGAUGAUUAUAUAGAUUUUAUUGACUAAAUGUGGCCUGAAAAAACUUCUAAAAAAGAAAUAUAUAUCAUAGAUACUUAUUUUAAUAAAGAUAGUGCAUAUUGUGCAUAUUUAGGUGUCGGCGCAAUAUAAUAAUCAAUAGAUAAAAUAGAGAAUAAUGAUUGGAAAAAUGCAUUUUGUAUAAUAAGACCUCCUGGUCAUCAUUCUGGUUAUUCUAAUGUAUGUACGGGUUUUUGCUUUUUUAAUAAUGUGGCUAUAGCGGCUAAAUAUAUAUAAAAAAAAUACAAUAAAAAAAAAAUUCUCAUUUUUGAUUGGGAUAUUCAUCAUGGUGAUGGAACUUAAAUUAUUUUUAAAGACGAUCCUUCAGUAAUGUUAAUUUCAUUUCAUAGAUAUGAUGAAGGUAUGUUUUACCCAUCAUCAGGAUCUCCGAGUAAUGUAGGAGAAGGAAAAGGAGAAGGAUAUAAAAUAAAUGUAGGCUGGAAUAUUGGUCAUAAAGAAUAUAGUCUAAAAGCAGGAACUGAUGAAUAUAUAUAUGCUUUCGAAAGAAUAGCAUGGCCAAUUAUAUAAGAAUUUGAACCUGAUUUUGUAAUUGUUUCAGCUGGUUUUGACUCUGCAGAAGGAGAUCCAUUAGGAUAAUGCAGUGUAUCAUACGAAGGAUAUGCAUACAUGACUUAAAGAUUAAUGCAAAUUAAUUAAGGAAAAAUAUUAGUAGUAUUAGAAGGUGGUUAUAAUUUAGAUAGUAUUUGUUGGGCCAGUGAGAGUGUUUUGAGGGUAUUAAUUGGAGAAGAUUUUAGUUAUUUAGAUAAUAAAAAAGAUUAAAUUUGUCCUAAUUUUGUCGGUUUUUCAGCUGUUGAAAGUGCAUUUUAAAAUUUAAAAAAAUAUUGGAUAAAUUUAAGUGAUGCAAAACUUUAAAUAUACACUGAGAAAAUAAUUGAAAACUCACAAAAAAAGUCACUUAUUUCUGCAGGACAUUAAUCCAAAUUUUAAAUUAAAGAUAAUAAAAUUUUUAAAUAAGCAAAAGAAAACGAACUUCUUUUUUAUAAAAAACUAUGGAUAGAAAAGCAAUAAUAAGCCGAUUUUCUUAAAUUUAUACCUAUAUUUUAUGGCCUGGAGUAAAUAGAAGAACAGGAAUAUGUAGUUCUCUAAAACUUGACAUAAAAUUGCCAAUUAGGCUCCAUUAUAGAUCUUAAAAUUGGCUAAAACACCAUCCAUGAAUCCUAUACUUAAAAAAAGCAUGAUGAAGCAUUAUUAAAAGAUCAUAAUUCUACUUCUUUUACUUUAGGAUUUAGGAUUAGUGGAGUUAUAAUAAAAGAUUAGAAAGGAGUUCCUAUAGAAAAGGUUAAUUUAGGGAAAUUUUUGUAAAAAUUUACGAAAGAAUAGACUUAAGAAUAUAUAAUAAAAGUAUUUAAAUCUAAUUAAAAAGAAGAAAUUAAUAUGGAGGCUUUAGAGAAUUUUAUGAUUUUCACAUAAGAUUUAUUAGAAUUUUUCGAAAAAAGAAAUAAAAAAAGAUUUAUUGCAUCCUCGAUUAUUAUAAUUGUUGAUAAUAUACAAAAUACAUAUUAAUUUAAGUUAAUAGACUUUAAUUAUGUCGAUGAUUUAAAAGAAGAUAAAAACAAAGAUAAUAAUUUCAUUUUUGGUUUAUAAAAUUUAAUAAAUAUGUUAUAAGAUAUAAAAAAAAAAUACUGA